UUCCCAGCCCCCAAAUCCCAGGGGCAAAAUCGUAAAACCACACUCCGUCUUCCUCCACUGGGAACCCCGUCUCCUCCGCGGCCUACACUGCGCAGCGCAGCAAUGGCGGCCUACUGCUCUAGGGUUUACCACCACCACCCGGUCUCGCCUUCCACAAUGCAGGGAUCGCUCGCGAGGCCUUCGAUCCACGCGGGAUCCGCAAGCCUGACCUUCCGUGCUCGGCCCAAUUCCGUGUCCAUCGUGCGAUGCGACGCGGACUCGCCGCCGGAGGGAAGUGCUGUGGCGGGAUGGGCGCCUCCGGGGCCGUACACGGGGAGGGACCCGGCGGCGAGGAAGCCGGCGUGGCUGAGACAGCGUGCGGCGCAGGGGGAGAAGUACGCGAGGCUGAGGGAGUCGCUCGGGGAGCUCAAGCUCAACACCGUCUGCGUCGAGGCCCAAUGCCCCAACAUCGGUGAGUGUUGGGAUGGCGGCGGCGGUGCAGGUGGGGACGGGGACGGCAUUGCGACGGCGACGAUCAUGCUCCUCGGCGACACUUGUACCCGUGGUUGUCGAUUCUGUGCCGUGAAAACCAGUAACAAGCCUCCGCCGCCCGAUGCCCUGGAGCCUCUCAGGACAGCAGUGGCAGUUGCAAGUUGGGGCGUAGACUAUGUUGUGCUGACAAGUGUUGAUAGAGAUGACCUUCCUGAUGGUGGAAGUGGCCAUUUUGCGCAAACAGUGAAGGCUCUAAAGGAAUUGAAACCUGGUAUACUGGUGGAGUGUCUAACUUCAGACUUUCGAGGUGACCUGGAGGCAGUUUCAUCCUUGGCAAGCUCUGGUUUGGAUGUGUUUGCACACAACAUUGAAACUGUGAGGAGUCUGCAGAGAAUAGUCAGAGAUCCCCGAGCAGCAUACGAUCAGAGUUUAGCUGUUCUGAAACAUGCGAAAAAUUGCAAAGAUGGUAUGGUAACGAAGUCCUCUAUCAUGCUUGGUCUAGGUGAGACAGAUGAAGAGGUGAAGCAAACCAUGUGUGAUUUGAGGGCCAUUGACGUUGAUAUUCUGACCUUGGGACAAUAUUUACAGCCAACAGAAAGACACUUGCGGGUCAGAGAAUAUGUGACUCCUGAGAAGUUUGAUUUCUGGAAGGAGUAUGGGGAAUCUCUGGGUUUUCUUUAUGUUGCUAGUGGACCUCUGGUUCGGUCUUCGUAUCGUGCGGGAGAGCUCUUUGUGCAAAAUUUGGUCAGACGUAAAAAAGCCGAGCUUGCACCUACUUUGCAGUAACCAAAUAGGAGUAUUACUACUAUACAUCUGAUGGCCUGGUGCAGUUCUUUGAUGAAAGUUUUGCAUUGAAGUUGUGUGCUGAUGACAGGAGUAAGGAGGUGGCACAAUCGGGACCAAAGGCCUAGAGUGACAUGCCUAUAGGCGCUCGUUGUUCUAGCCAUGCUGUGAUAUCUGCUGUAGCCUGUAAAAAAAAUUGUUUUUCACUUUCUUACUCGGGCUGUCAAAAAAGUGUAUGGAAACCAGAUAAAAUAAUACCGAAUGCUAAAAUUCAUGUUACUGCCCAUGACGCUUCGUUA